AUGCAAAACUUUCUAAUCAACGGUUAUUUAGUUCUUCAACCUAUAUCUCUUGAUGCAAAUUUUCAUUCAUCCAUAUUCACUCAAACUUUGUCGAUUUUCAAUGAUGAAGGUAAUCCAGGAAACAAUAUUCUUCCUCGAAUUCCUCAACUUCAAAAUGUAUUCAAUGAUCCGGUAGUAAGUGGUGCAUUAGAAAGUUUAUUGGGUCCAAAAUAUACCAUGCAACCACAUCGAUUUCCUCAUUUAACAAAACCUGGAACGGAAGAUCAACCAUGGCAUAAAGACUCUUAUUUUCUUUAUCCUAAGCCACUUCGUCAUCAUCAAUUACGUUAUGUUAUGGCCAUGUAUUAUCCUCAAGAUGUACUUCUAGAGAUGGGUCCAACUGCAAUUAGGCCUCGAUCACAAUAUGAUGCUGCAGAUUGGGUAUAUGAUAGAAACAAAACACCACCCGAAGAUGUUGAUAUAAAAACUGACAAACAACAUGAUGUUCGUCUGGUUUGUACAGCUGGCACUGUAGUAUUAAUUCAUUAUGAUAUUGUUCAUAAAGGAACAGCCAAUCGAACAAAAGAUUCUUACCGUUUUAUGUUUAAAUUUCAAUUUAAUAGGCUCGAAGAACCGACUAAACCAACGUGGAAUCAUGAUCCAACAAAUGCUGUUUAUGAUGCUGCAGAUGCAGGUUUAUUACAACCAAUUCUCAAACAUGUUUGGAACUGGAUGAUGGGUGGUACAAUGAUAAUACAACAAUCUUCUACUGAACAAGAUAUCAUUAACUGGAAAAUACAGUUACACAACCAAGAUAGUGAAACUCGUCUUAAUGCAGCAUAUAAUCUAGCAUUAAGUAAUGAAUAUCAUGUCUUAAUCGAACAAUUAUCAAAUAAUAAAGAAAUCUAUCGUCUCGAAGCGGCAUAUGCAUUAACGGCUUGUCGAUAUAACAAAAACGUGAUUAAUGAAUUACAAACAGUAUUAAAAAAAGAGGAAAAAAAUGAAGAUCAAGCAUACUGUAUCGCAUUUAUCUUUUCUGAAAUGGGAUCAAUAGCACUUGAAACAUUGCCAUUAUUGGUACAUGUAUUGGAAAUUACUGAUUCAUGGUUAGUUAAAAAAUACUGUUGUCAAGCAUUGGGAACUAUUCAGUCAAAUAACCAAAAUGAUGUUGACAUAGUAGUCCGAUGUUUAACACAUAUCCUUCUUGAUCGAGAUCAACAAUUGGAUACAGUAAACAGAUCUCAUGCGAGAAUUACUGCAGCAUUAUCGUUGGCUAAAAUUGGUGCUAAAGCAACUGAAGCAAUACCUGUAUUAAAAGAUGCACUUUAUUUUGAUCAAAAUCGUUAUGUGAAUGGUAAUGCAUUAUUAGCCUUAGAACGAAUCGGAACAAGUGAAGCAUUAAAAAUCGUUUUGGACUAUCUUAAAACGUCGCGAUGGUGUGCAAAAACAAACGCUAGUAGUUUGUUUUAA